UUGCAACAAGUUAUUUGGUCGAAACGGUGACGUAAUCUGCAAUUUUCUCACAAUAUGUUCUGUUUUAUUCUAUUUCUGUAACCUAACUUACAUUUUUGGUGCUGUAUUAUUGCCGCAUUGUUUUCUUUUGUUAUUCAGCUCUCUUCCACUUCUUCCAGGUACACUACUCGAUUGCUGUGCUGGUCAAUAAAACUGACGCCUUGGGAACUCCGCAUCUGGACAUCAACAGACAAGGUUUACUACCAGUAACGCAAGAGGAUUUUAAAGUGUUCCUACCAUGCACAGGUGAAAAGAGUGAAGAGGUGAUUAUAAGAAUCCAGAUUAAUGUGACUACUGAAGGUUACCCCAAUGCCACAUGUUUGACUUUAAAGAGAAGGAAAGUUUGCUUGGAAAAUCAGAAACAGAAUGGAACCAUGUUAAUGAAUCUAUCACCCAUGGUUGCUUCAACCAGCUCUUUCUAUAUUGCUGUUGGAUGUGCAAGUGCUUUGAUCAUUGUAAUAACAGCAGUAGCUACAGCUUGCUAUGUGAGAAGCCAAAAAACCUGCAUAAGGAACACCAUAAAUUACAGAAGAGAUCCACCCAGGGAUGUACCUGUACAUACUCAGACCUUCCUGCGAGUAGACACUCCUAACAAUGCUAACGCAAUAGCAGGCUAUUCUAGUUUUAGGCGGUUGACUUCUUCAUCAACCAGUGCACCUGUACAAAUGAAUAAUCUCCGAAUAUCUGAACUCACUGAACAGAUCUGCGAGAUAGCAGUUGAAAAAAAGAAGAUAAUGUUGCAUGAAAAAAUACAAGAAGGAACAUUUGGCCACAUAUGUCGUGGUGUACUGAUAGAUGAUGGAAAUGAAGUGAACGUGAAGCAGACUGCAAUUGUAAAAACUGUGUCUGAACAGGCGUCUAAGGACCAAAUCUCGAUGCUUUUAGCUGAAGGAAUGAAAAUGUAUGGAAUAAACCACAAGAAUGUGUUGCCAAUCAUUGCAGUUUGCAUGGACAAUGUGCACCAUCCUCUUCUGGUCUACCCAUUCAUGAACAAGGGAAAUCUGAAGCUAUUUCUUCAGAAGUGCAGAUUUUCAGUUGAGGGUCACUGUCACACUCUUCUUACUCAAGAUCUUGUUGCCAUGGCAAUCCAGAUAGUUGAAGGAAUGAUUCAUCUUCACAAGAAGGAUUUAAUUCAUGGUGAUUUAGCCACUAGGAAUUGUGUGGUGGAUGACAGAUUGCAUGUGAAGAUAACAGAUAAUGCCUUAUCUCGUGAUCUAUUUCCCAGUGACUAUCAUUGCCUUGGUGACAACGAGAACAGGCCUGUCAAAUGGCUUGCAUUAGAGAGCUUGCUAAAAAAAGAAUUUUCUACAGCUAGUGAUGUCUGGUCAUUUGGUGUCACUUUAUGGGAACUAAUGACCCUUGGUAACCAACCUUAUAAAGAAAUAGACCCUUUUGAAAUGGGAACUUCUCUUCAAGAUGGCUACAGACUGUCUCAGCCAAUCAACUGUCCAGAUGAGUUAUACCAUUUGAUGGCCCUCUGCUGGGUGACCAAACUGGAGAAAAGACCAACGUUUUCCAAGUUACUUGCCUUUUUUCAAGAUUUUUAUAAUGCAUUAGGACUCUACGUUUGAUUUAUAAAGUGGGGAUAGCUGGUCCAAUUUUUCCAAUAAAGCCAUGAUAACAUCAGUUUAUUAUGUUAUAUGGUUAUAUUAAAAUGUUAUGAGAAACAUCUUACAGUUGGUUUGUACAUUUACACUCGUUGGCCUUCAGUAUUCUAUUUGGAGAGUAUCACGAGUUAUUUCUGAAAUAAAUUCCUUUUUUAACAAACCUCCUCCUUAGUGCCAAGUUGAACACACAGAAUGAAGAAUGUUGUGAAGUGGGUGUAAAUUUGUAUUUUUUGUUGUUGUUCAUGAGAAUGAUGAAGUAAGAAGAAAACAGUGUGUGCGUGUUUUUUUGUGGUAAGUAUAAAAAUAUGCAAGCACUUUUAAUUAACUUUACAGCUUCUUCUAAUUCAAGAUCUUAUUGCCAUGCCAAUCCAGAAAUGAAUAUGUAAGGAUCACUAAUGUUCUGUGCAGUUUUUCCUUACAGUAUAUGACACUAGAAUAUGUUGAAAAAUAUUACAAAACUUAUAUUUAUAACUGGCUAUUUGUAUUAAGAAGUUAGCUAUAUUAUGUUAUUGAUUUUUUACGACCAAAAAAUAACAGUUAUUUACUUAUUGAAAUUUACUAUUCUAAACAUGUGAAAAUGUAUAACAUGUUUAAAAUGUUCUAAAAAAGUAAUGAAGUCUAUUAUAAUAAGGGAAAAAAGAAAUCUGUUAAGUUUUAAAAAUCAAAUUUACUUUUAUUUCCUUGGUGGACUUGUCAAAAUAUAAUGGGCUAUAACAGUUUCAUGACUAGCUCCUGAAAUUUGAGUGAAACAAUAAGCAACUUCAAAUAAUAAUGUUAGUGUAAAGAUCCAAUACAUUCAAGUGUAAGAGAAUGGUGUCAUGUAAGAGUAUUAUGUUUAUUAGGGAGUCUCAUAUAAGAUGCUGAAAAUCAGAAAAUAGAAAUGUACAUACUUAUAAGACACUUC